AGAACUUCGCUAGGAAGAAUGUGAAGGUAUGGCGGGAAGGACAAAACUUCAAUAAUGGAUCCUCUUCCAUACAGAUCGAAGAUCGAAGCUAUACAAGAUCUCAUAUUCCAUCACAUAUAUGACUUGAUGGUUUGGUCAUGUACCAUCUCCAACCUCAAGCUCGCUAGGUAAAUAUGUACCGGGGAGGUACCAAGUAACGGUAUCUGAGAGCCGACGGGUUCCUCAAACGCAUUGCCCGAUUGAGUGUCAUGUAUACCUCUCGUCGACCACGCAGCGACUUUCUAUUCGUCCUCUUUGCUACUCCUCAAUCUCGCUCGAGGUCUGCUGACCGCUUCUCACACGCUCCAGGGAGACCCGUAGCAUGCCGUACGCCCGAAUACAGUGUCGUCCUAGGCAGCACUCUCAUCCCACACACCGCCACAGGCUGUGCCUCAUGCGCCGCUCCUCGGAAGUACUCCUUGGACUUUGUUACGGUCUCCGGUUUCGAUAUCAGAGGUGGUUUCCGGAUCCGGACGGUACUUGGUACUUCGCACCGGUGCGUCCUUGGUCGGGUUGGUUUCCAUUCAACCAGUGAAGGAUCCGGCAAUCCUCUGGUGAGAGGAGACGAGAGCUGAGUAGAUGUGGCGGAAGUCCCACGGGUUCCGGAAUACCAACACGAAAGAACUCCUGAUUGCUUCAACGAUUU